CCACCUCUGCUUGUAGAGUCUUCGUAGUUGUAGAACCCUGUCAUCCCUCACUAUCAGCUCAUAUUCCUUCAGCACAGAUUCAAUCCGCGCAUCGCAGCAAACGCAGCUGAGCUCGUGAAUCUGAACAUCGCCGGCGACGCGUGCUGGCCGCCCUCGACCCUAAUCCACGUGUUUACAUUUUCUACCUUCGUCGAAUUCCCACUCUCUCACGCUCCUCCACGCGUCUUUCACCCGCGCCCAUCGACGAUAAUAUGUCUGCUCAGAGACUCUAGAAGCUGGUUUUUUGUUUAACAAUUGCUGGUGUUAAUUCUAGAGCUGUCUGUGAUGGAGAAUCAGAGCGUUGCGAGAGCGCGGUGCGCUUCGAAUGAUGAAAACGCGUACCCUUCUUCUCCGCCUCUUAGUGCCUCCAAGCGCGAAACCGGCUAUGAUAUCACUACCGCAUCGACGGCGCGCGCGCUGCUUAACGUGACGAACCUGUUGCCAAAGAGACAUACUCUGAGCAACGGUGCUACUACCACAUCCACCGCAUCGCCGCGCCACUACCGCUCCGCGACCGCCUCCUCUCCCGGCGACAAUAUAACCUGGUCGGUCCUGCCAAAGACCACCCUUCUCUCAUCUGAAUCCGACAUCCAGUCCGUGACCAACGCCGAAGCGUCGUCGCCCAUCGCAGAAAGCACCGCGCAACCGGCUGCACCGCUGCCGUGUUACACCUCCGCUGGCGAUCCGGCGACGGAGCUGCUGAAGCGGUAUCAUGCGCAUCUGGAUGAUUCGGUGUAUUCUGAAGCGGCGGGGACGCCGAGUAGUAAGGUUGGUGUGCGGAGGUCGAUUAGUUGUGAACCGGAGUGGCCGCGGUCGGCGCUGAGAAAGAGGCGGAAGCAGAAAGCGGUUGAGGUGCAGCAGGAGGAGGAGGCGGCGGUGCCUGUGGAUGCUGCAGCCGCCGAUCCAGCUUCUGCUGCGUCUGCUGUGUCUGCUGAAUUAGCAAAUACCGCAAACGACGCGGAUGCGAAUAAAAAAGAGGCGAAGGAGGAAGAAGAGGAAGAUUAUUUCGGCAGCGAGGAUGAUUUCGAUCUUGCUGAUCUAGAUCAGAUGGAGGCGCGGUUGGAUGCUAAGUCCAACGGCGACAAACAGCAACCCAUCUCCACAAUUUCUGCCAAACCCGACGUUGCUUCUGCGACUAGCUUUGGAGAGUUUGAAAAUGUCUUUUCUGACGAUAUAAACACGAGCCAGCUGAAACAAGGUCCACCGCCGGGAGUCAAAGCCGAGAAUACAAAAGGGUUUGGAGAUUCAUUUGAUGAUCUAGACGAUGAGAUGGACGACAAUAAUUUGGAUCCAUACGAGGUAGAUCGGCUUCUUACGCAGUUCGAGCAGGCCGUUCCGGAAAAGAAAGUCCAGUAGAAAUUGACGAGCGCUGAUUAUGCAUUACUACAACGUAGUAGUCAAAAGGGCUAUCACCGGCUUAAAGUUGAAGAAAUAUUCGACGGCCGGUAUCUUAGCAACCAGCAGCGAGUCAAGCCCGAGCUACGAAUAACAGCCACAGAUGAGAAAGACCCUGGCUCGACCCUUCGUCUGCUCGUCCUUCUUCGCGACGAC